UGUUAUUUUAUUACAUAAUUACAUGCUUACACAAUUGACUAUAUCGAUAUGUAAUUAAAUUGAAUUAUAUAAUUAUGCAACUAUGUUUUACAUUCAACCACCAAAAGGAUUAAUAACAUUGCACGUUUUUGAAGAAAUAGUUUUUUCACGAUUAGAAUAUUUGAGUGUGUUGAAUGAUAAUAAAAACGAUGCAUUCAAAGGGAAAUUUGAAUAUUUAUUACAGGGCUCACCGUAUGAUUACGUUGGUCAUUUUACGUUAAGACUCUUAGCAUUAAAGUCAAAUGAGUUGCUCUCUUAUUGGAUAAGUAAAGAAAAAUUACUAUUAAAAUAUAGAUUAUCUCUUAUACAACCAAGACAACUAUAUAGAUUAUUUAAAACCAUUAUAAAGCAUAUAAAUAGACGAGACAAUGAUAUUGUUAAUCCAGUAAUUAAUACUUUAAUGAACGUUAGUUCUUUCUAUUUACAAUCAGAAGUCUUUAAGCACAUUUCGUCAAAAAAUCAUCCUAGGCACUGCAACAAAUAUCAACAAAACAUUGAUUUUGAAUUAAUACCAGAUUUAGUAGAAACGAAGGUUGUUAAUUUAUAUAGAGGGAUUGCCACAGUUUACUGUUCCGAAUGGCGAGAGAUGCUUCAAUCCUUAUUCCAAACUUUUAUAUUAUUUGAAAUGAAGAGUCAGAAUAUAUUAAUAAAGCACUUUUUGACAGAUCCUCGUUUAAAUAUUUUACAUCAAAAACUUCAAUAUUAUAUUUUUAACAAAGGCUAUCAUUGUGAAACAAUUACAGCGUCCAACAUAGAUAAUGUGUCGGUACAUUUUCCACCUUGUAUGAUGCAUUUGCACUUACAGCUUCGACAUAAACAUCGUUUAAGCCAUUAUGCACGUUUUUACUAUACACUAUUUUUAAAAGAGUGUGGGAUGAGCUUAGAGGAAGCUUUUAUUUAUUGGAAAUAUGAAUAUUCUAAGCCACAUAAUUGCGACUCUCUCUGUACUCACGAUUGGCAAACAAAUAAUAAAAAAUUUAUUUACAGUAUCAGACAUAUGUAUGGCUUAGAAGGAGGAAAGAAGGACUAUAAAUGUCUAGAUUGUAACAGUAUGGCGGAGGAAAGUUUGGGUUCGACUUAUGAAGGUGGUUGUCCAUUUAAAAAUUUUGAUACAGAUUAUUUAAAGUCAUUGCUUUGUAAAACAAUAACCAAUGAUAAUUUUGACAAAUUUAUAAUGAACACUUCGAUGCAAAAUCCUCAAACUAAAUGUGCAAGUUUUUUUAAAUUAAGAAAAGCAACUUUUGUUGACAAUGAGAUUACCAUUAACAAACCAGUUCAGUAUUAUAUGAAAAUGAUUUGUUAGUCAAUUGCUUCAUUGAC